AUGAAGCUGAAGCCCGACCAGACCCGAACCUACGAUCUGGAAGGCUUCAAGCAGCGGGCGGCGUGCCUGUGCUUCCGCGGCGAGCAGGAGGAUGAGGUGCUCCUGGUGAGCAGCAGCGGGCACCCUGAUCAGUGGAUCGUGCCCGGCGGGGGCAUGGAGCCGGAGGAGGAGCCGGGCGCGGCGGCCGUCCGCGAGGUCUACGAGGAGGCCGGGGUCCGAGGCAAGCUGGGCCGCCUGCUGGGCCUGUUCGAGAACCUGGAGCGCAAGCACCGCACCCACGUCUACGUGCUCGCAGUCACCGAAAUCCUGGAGGACUGGGAAGAUUCGGUGAACAUCGGUCGCAAGCGCCAGUGGUUCAAGGUAGAGGAUGCCAUCAAGGUGCUGCAGGGCCACAAGCCCGUGCAGGCCGAGUACCUGGAGAAGUGGAAGUCUGCCGGCUCCCCGAGCGGCAGCAAUCCCGCCGUCCGGGGGCCGCCGGCAGCCACCGGCUCUGACGGCCCCGACGGCGAUAGCGCGGGGCAACCCGCGGCCGAGCCCGCCUCAGGCUCCGGCAGAUAAAAAGUGGCCAAGGGGUUCCCGAAAAGAAGUGGGGAGAGCACGAGGGUGGGGGUGGGGGCGGGGGUGGGGGUGGGGUGGGAUGGAAGCUGCCGCCCGGCGGCGGCGGGGUGGGGGGUGGGGGAGUGGGGGGGUGUUUGGUUUGCGUUCACCUGCUAGCGUCUGGAAACUCGAUGGCAACCCUUCGCGUUGUGUAUUCCCUUUGCCCGCUUUGCGGAUGCUUUGAAAUAUUGCCCUUGGUCUGUACCAGUGUAAAAUACUUCAUUCAGUAAAACCAAAGCCGUAAGGGAUUUUUCAAAAGAUGCCUUAACUGCGUGCCUACCCUGCCCCUCCCACCCUUCGCCCCCAACUCCACUACCCCCCUCCCUUCUCCUCGUCCUCUUCUCCCCCCCACCCGGCCCCCAUCCUCAUUCAUUCCUCCUCAGAUUAGUCUUCACCUUCUUCCUCUUUUCCAUAUUCUAAUGGUCUAAUCUCGGUCAGUUUCCCAUACCAGCCUGGUUUAAAUGUGCUUUUCUGGUGGGUAUUGAUUGUAUGCUUUCUGGAGGAAAUCGGGGAGAGAAUGGCUCGAAUAUUGGGUACUUGGCUCGAUCCCUCUUCAUCCUAAUGUGGCCCACUGGAAGCAGCAAGCUUUCUAGAAUGCAGAUUUCCAUGGUUUAGAAAUGAAAAAAGAAAAGGUAAAACAGCAUGACUCGGUUUCCAACAAGUCCUAGCCCUCCUUACAACUUCCUAAAAGAAUUCCAGGGAAUCCACAAAAUUUCUCUGUCGUGCAACGGUAUUGGUUAUGGGAAAUGCACAGGUGUGGCAUUCCCCCCCUUCCCCAAGAUUUGCAGUUCUCGAGAGUAUUUGGGUCUAAAUUCUUGGUGCCCCCCCCCCGAAAAAAAGCGUCUGGUCACUGUUUGUGUUAUUCUGCCGUAUAUUGCUUGAAUUGUUUUGACAAAAUGUGUAUUGAAGUUUUUGUUCUGAAAAUGAUACUGAGGUCUGGCUGGUCCCCCGAACCCCCUUUUCCCUUUUUCUUAUUUUCUCCCCUGCCUCCAGGUUGCCAACAGAGGUUGUAUUUUGUAUGUCCAGGUUUACUUACUGGGUGGUGGCAUGUGGUGGGGGGGAGGGGGUGCCUGUAUUGUUUUGGAACCUUUGAACUGUGUGUACUUCUCCAAGCGUUUCCCGAAAUUUGGAAGACUUUCUUUUGGACUGUGGGUGGCACCCACCGAAAAUUGUGGACGGGACACUCGUUCAUACCCCGAACUUUGAGACUUUAAUUUGGCGACAAGUUCUUCACAUGAUUAAUUGACUUUCCUUGAAAAACAUUGCAAAUUUUGGACUCCCUUCUGCCACAAGUAGCUCUUCUGGAACUCUUUGUCCUUGACCAGAGCAGAAUCGAAGUUGGACCUUUUCCCAUUUCGAAGAAGAAAAAGAAGUUGAAGAUCAUUCUGUAGACACCUUUAACCGGUUUGCAAAUAUCCGAUUGACAGUGUAAAAUGGCAAUUCCGUGUAUGUACCCCGACCGUUUUGUUACUCACUUAUCUGACUUUUCAAACACCAUUGUGUAAAAUGCUGAUCGAAAUUAAAAGUUGUGCUGUUC